AUGCUCGGUCCUAACAAUAGCCAAGUGGCUGAUAACCGAGAAGCGGGUAGGCAAGCGGGCGAUAGGCAAGCGAGCGAUAGGCAAGCGAGCGAUAGGCAAGCGAUAGGCAAGCGGUCGAUAGGCAAGCGGGCGACAUGGGGAACGGGGGAACAUCAACUUCCCGUGAACCUGUUCGGCGCGCAGCCCUGCUUUCACGCCGCCAC